AUGAAGUGGUUCUUGACAACAUUCGAUGGAAACUACCAAAAAUUGAAAGGGCUGUUUGAUGGUCAAUGCAAACAAUUUGAAAUUGGAAGAAAUCAACUUACAAGCUUCACUAGCAAGUCAGAGAUACAACUGAAUGAGGCAAAAACAGCUGUCUGUGCGUUGAAGGAAAUGUCCGAUCAAUUUGAACAAAAUAUUGAAAAGUUUACCCAAGAAUUCCGUGAUCGCAUGAAUCAAGAAUUGGAUUCUCUCAAAAAUGUUGCGACUGAACAUAAAAAUGAAUUCGGAAAGGCUAUUCACAACACAUUGUCGACAAUCAAUAAACAGGUUUGUUAA